AUUGGUAUAAGAUUCGAAUUCUCAUUCUCUCAAUCUCUUGGUAAAAAAAAAAAAUAAAUAAAUAAGAGGACCAUCUUCUUCAAUAAUAUACCUUGAAGAAAACCUUCCCUUUCCUAGCUUUCCUUUCUGGCCUUGCCAUGCCAAGAUAUCAUCUCUCUCUCUCUUUCUUUCUUCCCAAGAACAUAGCUAGAGUUGUUGGUUUUCAAGAAUGGAAAUGAGAUUAGCACCAAGUAAUGAUAUUAAGCUGCCUUCUAACAUGAAGAAGAGUUGCAAAAACCACCAUGGAGAAACAGAAACUACUCAUCAUCAUGAAGAAUAUGAUACAUCUAUUUCUCUUUCUAGCUUGUCCAAGAUUAUUCUUCCACCUUUGGGUGUCUCUAGCUAUAACCAGAUUCCUACAGAGACUAAAGGCUGGAUCAUAUCUCCUAUGGAUUCAAAAUACAGGUGUUGGGAGUCAUUUAUGGUGCUGCUGGUAGCUUAUUCAGCAUGGGUAUACCCAUUUGAAGUAGCAUUUCUGAGUUCAUCUCGAAAUAAAAGGCUAUACAUAGCAGACAACAUUGUUGAUCUAUUUUUCGCCAUUGAUAUUAUCUUAACUUUCUUCGUUGCUUAUAUUGAUUCAAGAACCCAGCUUUUGGUUCGCGACAGAAGAAAGAUUUCUAUAAGGUACCUAUCAACCUGGUUCUUGAUGGAUGUGACAUCAACUAUCCCAUUUGAGGCUUUGGGCUACUUGUUCACAGGCAAACAAAAGAUACAACUCUCUUACUCCCUUUUGGGAAUCCUCAGAUUUUGGCGUCUCAGGAGAGUUAAGCAGCUCUUCACUAGGCUGGAGAAGGAUAUAAGGUUUAGCUAUUUCUGGAUCCGAUGUGCUAGGUUACUGUCUGUCACACUGUUUCUAGUGCAUUGUGCUGGGUGCCUGUACUACUUGCUAGCUGACAGAUACCCACAUCAAGGAAAGACAUGGCUAGGUUCUGUGAACCCAAAUUUCAGAGAAACGAGCCUUUGGAUUAGAUAUAUUUCAGCUUUGUACUGGUCCGUAACCACCAUGACCACAGUUGGUUAUGGUGACCUUCAUGCUGUGAACACUGUGGAAAUGAUCUUCAUUAUUUUCUACAUGCUCUUCAACCUUGGCCUCACUGCUUAUUUGAUUGGUAACAUGACGAAUCUAGUCGUGGAAGGAACUCGUCGUACCAUGGAAUUUAGGAGUAGCAUUGAAGCAGUAUCAAAUUUUGUGUGCAGAAAUCGCUUGCCUCCAAGAUUGAAAGAGCAGAUUUUGGCUUAUAUGUGUCUGAGAUUUAAGGCUGAGAGCUUGAACCAGAAUCAUUUGAUUGAACAAUUACCAAAAUCCAUAUGCAAAUGCAUUUGCCACCAUUUGUUUUUGCCAACAGUGGAGAAGGUUUAUCUUUUCAAGGGUGUCUCAAGGGAAAUACUGCUGCUUCUGGUCGCAGAGAUGAAAGCUGAGUACAUUCCACCUAGAGAAGAUGUCAUCAUGCAGAAUGAAGCACCCGAUGAUAUUUACAUAAUUGUAUCUGGAGAGGUAGAAAUUAUUGAUUCUGAUCUGGAUAAAGAGCGAGUAUUUGGGACUCUGCAGUCUGGAGACAUUUUUGGAGAAGUUGGUGCACUUUGUUGCAAGCAUCAAAGCUUCACAUUUCGAACCAGGACACUUUCACAACUCCUGAAGCUCAAAAGCAGUGCUCUGAUAGAAACUAUGCAGACCAAACAAGAAGAUUAUAUAGCUAUAAUUAAAAACUUCCUUCAGCAUCACAAGAAGCUCAAGGAUUUGAAGAUUGGAGAAUUUCUGACUGAGGGUGGAGAAGAAGAUGGUGAUCCAAACAUGGCUUUCAAUUUGCUGACAGCAGCUAGUGCAGGCAAUGCUGCUUUUCUUGAAGAACUUCUAAGGGCAAAAUUGGAUCCUGAUAUUGGAGACUCUAAGGGAAGAACCCCAUUGCACAUUGCAGCCUCAAAAGGGCAUGAGGACUGUGUCCUGGCACUCCUUAGACAUGGAUGCAAUAUACACUUGAGAGAUGUUAAUGGAAACACUGCUUUAUGGGAAGCAUUAUCAUCAAAGCACCAAUCUGUAUUUAGAAUUCUCUAUCACUUCGCAAAUGUUUCUGACCCUCAAACUGCUGGUGAUCUUUUAUGCACUGCUGCGAAACGGAACGAUCUGACAAUGAUGAAGGAACUCUUGAAGCAUGGGCUAAACGUCGACUCAAAGGAUCGCCAAGGGAAAACAGCAGUACAAAUAGCCAUUGCACAGAAUUAUGUAGGCAUGGUAGACUUGCUAGUAAUGAAUGGUGCAGAUGUUUCUGCAGCAAACAGAAGCGAGUUUUCUUCGACAGCUUUGAAAGAAAUGAUGCAAAAGAGAGAAAUUGGACACAGGAUUACAAUGCCAGAUACUGUGACUAGUGAUGAAGUGAUUUCGAAGAUGAAUCAAGAAGAGGAAGAAUGCAACUCCUCCGGAAAAUCCAUUGGAUUGAAAUAUAUAAGGGUGAGCAUAUAUAGAGGCCAUCCUCUGGUUAGGAAAGAGAAUUGUUGCAGGGAAUCGGGGAGAUUGAUCAGAUUGCCAAAUUCAAUAGAGGAGCUCAAGAGCAUUGCAGGCGAAAAGUUUAGAUUUGAUGCAAGAAAUGCCAUUGUAACAGAUGAAGAAGGUUCAGAAAUUGACUCUAUUGAAGUGAUUAGAGAUAAUGAUAAGCUUUUCAUAGUUGAAGAUCCAAAUUCCUUUAUGUAACCAAAGAUUAUUAGUGACUUACAAUCUAUUUGGAUCAAUCCAGUUAAAUCUCAUUUAUCUUUUUAUA